CCUAUAGUUGCUCACUGAACGCUGCUGCUACUACUUUAUUUCUUACCUACUUUAUUUACUCUCUCUCUGCCAGAUAUUUAACUACGGAUGGCAAUUCUUCCAUACGAAAAUCAUGUUCAUUUCGCCACUCUUUCCGAUAUUUGGGUUCGAUCUGGAUAAAAACAAUAGUUUUCUCAAACGAUUUUCCUCAUAAAAAAACUAUUUUGGAGUAUAUGCAGAAAUUUCCAGAAUGCAUGAUCAAAAAAAACUUGCGCCUUAAUGGGCAUUUGAAAGAUCUCGGUGCGACUUCCAUGAACCAUGUUCAAAGUUCAACUAAUAGUUUUAAGUCUUUAUCCUAACCUCUUGUGCUUCGACAAUAAGUUACAUGUGCGAGUAACUUAACUUUCUUGCACGAAGGGUUUAAGGUUCACCACUCAACAUGGCAGGAACACGUUGGUGUUGAAACACACUGCGGCAACAGAGUUAGACUAAUCUUAGAUUGAGACUUUAUGUACCUUCCAAUCAGUUGAAAUAGAGCAAUAUUAUUUAUCAGAACAGGCCAAUAAUCAUUGAAUACAGUCUUGCCUUUUCUUAGUUCUGGGACGUUGUGCAAGGUUGAAGAAACACUGUCAUGACCUGGACACCGUUAUACUUACUAGAGUGCCAGCUCAGAGCUGUUGGUCAGCUCCGUGUUAGCCUUCAUCGGAAAAUGUGCAACAGGCAAGCUCAGGUUCGGUGGAGGAGCGCCGGUCGUCCUGCACCCCUGUUGACAGCCAGGCCCACACGAGCCCUCGUAGACGAGCCCAUCAGCAUAGAGGCACAUCACCUGCCUUCCCACACACCCAUCACAGUCCGGGCAAACCUGACCAGUGAGGAUGGAGACCUGUGGGAAGCACUGUCUCACUACUACACAGAUGCAAAGGGUGCUGUCAACUUGAUGCGGGAUCCAUCGAUGGGUGGUUCCUAUGUGGGCUGUGAACCGAUGGGGCUGUUCUGGGCUUUACAACCCGUACCUGGAAGUAGAGAGGGACUCAGGCUGCGAAAGAGAGAUGUUGAGACUCCAUAUGCAGUGCAUCUGUCUCUGCUAGAGGGUCAUGUGAACCCAGAGGACACCAGAGGUAAAGGAUCAGAAGAGGGACAGGAGUUGGCAAAAACGGUGGUGGAUAGGUGGUACAUGGCACCAGGGGUCCGCCGGAUUGAGGUGCGGCAGAAUGGUGUGGUAGGCUCCAUGUUUCUCCCGCCAGGACCAGGCCCAUUCCCUGCUGUUCUGGACCUCUGGGGGAUGGGAGGGGGGCUGGUAGAGUACCGUUCUGCGCUGUUGGCAUCGCACGGGAUGGCUAGUCUUGCCUUGGCUUACUUUGGCCACAAAGACAUCCCUGGUCCACUGAACCGCAUCAAUGUGGGAGAUUCUUACUUCCGGGCUGCCUUCCAGCUCCUGCAGAAGCACCCACAGGUGUGUGAGGAGAGAAUAGGAGUAAUGGGCCUCUCGUUUGGGGUGUAUCUGUCCCUGUGGAUAGCCUCUCAGCUCUCUGUCAAGCCUAGAUGUGUGGUCGGCAUAAAUGGACCUUUGGGCAGUUUCAACACAUUUUCUAGUGAAGAUGGACAGCAAGAAAGCUUUGAAGAAAAUCAGAGGCACUGGAGUUAUGAUGAACAGGGUUACGUCAGUUUCAGAGAAGUAUCCUUGCCAAGUAACAUUCCAUCAGAAAAUUAUGCGAAGGUUGAAGACAUGUGCUGCCCCCUGCUGUACAUAGUUGGAAAGGACGACCUGAGCUGUGCUUCUCUGGAGAAUGCAGAUGAGAUUGAGAAGAGACUGCACGCAGCAGGUAAAUCUCAUCUGUUCACUCGUCUGUCCUACCCAGGUGCUGGCCACCUGAUCGAGCCCCCUUACGCCCCCAAUGCACGGGUGUCGCUGUGGACAACACGACCCGCAAAACUGAUGACACUGUGGGGUGGACACCUUGCAGCACAUGCUGCAGCGCAGGAGGAUUCAUGGCAAAGGAUUCUGGGAUUUCUGGAAUGUCAUCUGCGAGGGGAGAAGUAACUGACAAGUUUUAAGUCUGACAUUCAAUUGCUGUGUGGAUAUUGUAUUUAUAUAUGAAAAACACAUAAUAAUAAUAGUAAUAAUGUAAUCCUAAUGUGGCAUGGUAAGACUAUGGGACUGUCAUUAUAUGUUUCCAUUGGUGGUGCCUUAUAUGGUACUUGGGACACCAAAGACUACUUUUAAGAAUGAUUGAAUCCCACAUGCUGUUCCUCCAAUUUCCCUUGUCUGUACUUUUAAAGAUUUGCACAUUGAUGCUUGCCAUCAUGCUUGCAAACCAAUUAUGUCAAGGUAUGCUGUGUCUGUUUACCUAAACUGUCAGGAAACUGUAGAAAAUGACUCGUCGUCCUCAGCUUUCUGUGAUAAGGACACACAAGAAAAUUGUAUGUCUGAUCACACAAGUUUUUAUUUGCAAAAAAUAAAAGUUAUGGACUAAUUUGCAAAAACAAAUGUGAAGCCGCUGAACUGUCAGGUCUGCAUCCUUAAGAGCUGGUUCUCUGAUUGGCUGUGAUCAACAAGGGAAAAUGCAGGCAGUCGUACUCGCCUUAAAAAAAUGUCUCAUCUCGCAGUUGAUGACGUCUGACAUGUUGUUCUGCACAGGGAAUGUGUUGUUCAUUUAAAAUCAUUUUCAUGAAUGCAAAUACAUGCAGGCCUGUCUGACACCACAGUGUCUCAUAUUUCACAGGUACAUGUGUCCCUUCCUCAUCACGUCAAAGAGGCCAACCGGUCUUUCACCUGAUCUAUCAGGUCUCUCAUGAUGCAUUCAUUUCACAACUAAGUAUAUUUGACAGGAAACAUUUUUUAAUACAGAAGUUUGAAUUGUAGCAAAUGGAUUAUUGCUCUUUGUUGAAGGUUUGAAUAGUAUUGUAUAGAAUAUGUAGUUAAAACAUUAACUGUACUUAAAAAUCCAUUUGCAUUCCAAAAAAGA